UUCUGUGGCGGGAGUGUGCAGUGUCGGUCCACGGUAAUGAUGUCCCGCGUUUUGAACGCUAUUGUGGCCGUGUGCCCUGACCGGGGCAUCGGCAACAAGGGAAACCUGCCAUGGCACCCCAUUAGGCUCAGUAAGGAAUUCGCACAUUUCCGAAAGAUGACAGCAACUCCGUCAGUGAAAGGCAAGCAGAAUGUGGUGAUCAUGGGCAAGAAGACGUGGUACUCUAUCCCAGAGAAGAACCGACCUCUGAGCAACAGAAUCAACAUUGUCCUCAGCAGGAAGUGCAAAGUGCCCCCUGCAGGAGCACACUACUUGGCGUCAGACUUCAGCUCAGCUCUCAGGCUAAUCGAAACAGAACUGGCUGAUCAGGCCGAUCAGGUCUGGGUUAUAGGAGGCAGUUCUCUCUACAAGGAGAUGAUGGGGAGCACGGGAAUGAGAAGACUGUUUGUCACUCAAAUUCUGAAGCAGUUUGAGUGCGACACAUUCUUACCUGAGAUCAGUCUGGACAAAUAUCGUCUGCUGCCAGAGUUUCCAGAUGUACCACAAGAGCUGCAGGAGGAGAAUGGGAUUGAGUACCGAUUUGAAGUCUAUGAGAGCAUCCAGGAAUGAAGAGGCAACACAGAAAUCAAAAAAGCUGAUGUGAUUUGUAAAUGAUCACCAUUAUGUAAAUGCUGGACUUAUUGUUUGGAACAGACGGCGGGAAAAAAAAAACAAACCUGUGUUAAGUAGUACUGGAAUUGACCCACCACACUUCACAGGUGUGAGGGAAGUGAUGCUGGGACCAGAUCUAGUUUGAUUUGAGUUUGUUCAGUUUUGUUUUCUUCAAGUAACAAAUGAUCUUGGAAAAGGAAGAGGCAUGUAAAGGUGUAUUCUCUGAUCUCUUUUCUCAUAUAAAUAUGUCACAGCAAAGUAAACAAAAUAAAGUGCAA